AGGCGAGGCUGUCAGUGCCAGGCGAGGCUGUCAGUGCCAGGCGAGGCUGUCAGUGCCAGGCGAGGCUGUCAGUGCCAGGCGAGGCUGUCAGUGUUGGUGUAAAUAAGGGUACUUCUCCAGCUAGUACUGUAUUGUACAUUCAUAGCCUGACUACCUGGACUAAAUGGUUCAGUUUUCAAGAUUUGACAGCUCUCAAAUAUCAAGAUGAAGAUCAAUGAAAAAAAUCUGUGUGCAUACAGUGUGUCUCCAACACAGAUUGACAAAGAAGGCUACCUCUUGAAGAAAGGAGAGGUUAACAAAAGCUUCCAGAGGCGAUGGUUUGUUUUGAAGGGAAAUCUUCUGUUUUACUUUGAAAAAAAGGGUGACAGAGAGCCCAUUGGUGUUAUAAUUUUGGAAGGAUGUACUAUUGAACUGGCAGAAUGCGAGGAUCAGUAUACUUUCAAGCUACUCUUCCAUGGUGGAGGGGGAAGAACUUAUGUGCUUGCAGCAGACUCUCAAGAAUCCCUUGAGGCGUGGAUGAAAGCGCUAGCUCGGGCCUCCUAUGACUACCUCAAACUUAUGGUGGCAGAACUUCAGAAGCAGUUAGAUGAGCUUAAUGAUGCAGAAAUGCAAGCAAAAGGUGGUGGUGAAGAUAACGCCUUGCACCCUCCCAAAGCACCUCAUCGGCAGCGACAAAAUCCCUUCAACAGAACCCAGUCCAUACUGUACCUGAUCAUGGUCCAAGAAAACAUCGCGGCUUCCUUUAUUUUCAGAUGUGUGGGUUGGAUGUCAAAUUUUAGCUCUAAUGAAGUAACUCUAGACCCGUCAUUGGCCAUGCGCAUGAGAGCUAAUACUGUGUCAGGAGGGCAAUACCUCACUCCUACAACAGUGCCUCAGCGGGCUGCACCUCCGCCUCCAUCCGUGGCCCACAUUACUAUUAACAAACGGACAUUUGCACAGCUGCAUUCUGAGUAUGGUGUGCUAAUCUUGAGAGAUAAAGAACUCAACAGAGCCAAAAUGGGCAGGAAAGGGAAGCUGGAAACCUUAGAGAAAGUGAUACCAAAGACUGAGACUCGCCCAGAAGGUUCAACCCCAGAAAAUGUGGUUAUGGACCUUAUCACCAUUUGAAAAGAAGGCAUUGUCUUUGAAAGAUUUUAUUGCUCUCAAAUAAUAAUUUAUGAUUAUCUUGGAAAUAUACAAAAUUCAAGUCCUUACCGAGUGUUAACUUUUAACUAUGUAACCAAACUGUGAUUCCGCUGCAACUUGAUUUUAUACACAUGCUUAAACAGCUUGCAAUUGCCUGACUUCUCACUAAUUGCAAGAGUGUGACAUUAUAUUACAGCCAUGAGUAACUAGGAACUAACCUUCCUAUAAUAAACUAUGUAUAACUUAUUGUGAGCUAUUGGUGGACACAUGAGCUAGCAGUGCCAGUGUGUGGGCACAUGGGCUAGCACUGCCAGUGUGGACACAUGAACUAGCACUGCCAGUGUAUGGACACAUGAGCAAGCAAUGUCAGGGUGGACACGUGAGCUAGGAGUGUUAGGGUGGACACGUGAGCUAGAAGUGUCGGGGAGGACACAUGAGCAAGCAAGUGUCGGGAUGGACACAUGAGCAUGCAGUGUCGGGGUAGAUACAUGAACUAGCAGUAUUAGGGUGGACACAUGGCCUAGUAAUGUCAGGGUGGACAUAUGAGUCAAGUAAUAUAUAUGGUCUUAAAGGGCAUGAAAUCAUAUUUAAGCUUAUCAUAGGCACCAAUUAAUCUUUUAUCUCUUAGAAUAUAUUAUUUAUAUUGUAGCUAAUGAAUAUAUCUGUGUAAUGUGCAUUUUAUCAUGAUAUUUCUUGGUACUGUACUUGAGUGUGUGUGAUAAUCUCCACCAGAAUAGCAAAAUGUCAAUUUUUGCUCAUUCUAAGGCUCGAAGUAUUCUGCUGUUGCAGUACUCUGAUUUUUAUAAUCAUUCGAUUCUUUCAGGCUUCCUUUCAGACUAAUAACAAGUGUGUGAUCAAAUGGUUUUUAACUACAUAACCAUUAGUUUUGCCAAUUAUAAUUAUAUUAAUUUAACCAAACAUAAUUUGAGAUUCUGUGAACCUACGUGAUGUCUGCCUUGUAUGUAACAUAACUUCAGGAAUUUUCUACAUAUGACAAGUGUUCUAAAUUAGUAAAUAAGUGAUAAAUACAGUUAGGUUGGUAGAAAAUGUAUUGUCUUUUAAAGUAAUACUAAAGAUUUACCUAUUUUGGGGGGAUUUCUUAGCUCAUUCUGUUUUGCAGAAAAUUAUCUAUAAUUGCUUAUACUGUUUAAUUUCCAAUUAGUAUGGUGCAUGUAUAAUCUAUCUGGUCAUGACUAUGGUACAUACAUAGUCUAUUGGCCAUGACUGUAUGGUGCAUACAUAGUACAUAUAUAUCCAGCCAUGACUGUAUGGUCAUUGUCCCUUUCCAUUAAAAGCAAACUGUGCAUAUUUUCUUUUCCAAUUUCAUUGUUACACUUACAAAAGAUUAUGUAAAAAAGAAUGAGACUUGUAUAAGUUCAAUGAAAGUUUGUUUUCCAAAUAGUCUGAGCAUCGGAUAUUAAUGUGGAGAAAUAUUGUGAUCAGGAGAAAAGAAAGUCUAAACAGAUUUAUUCCAUGUAAACUGUUGAUUAUUUUAAAUACAGUAUAUACCAAAUAAAGAUUUCGGAAAGAA